UCAAGCGUUGAGGAUGAGGCCUCGGCCAAUACAAGGCACUGGAAUGAGAAGCAUCGUAUCGUUCAUUCUUCUUUUGCACAUGGGGUUCAUGGUUUGCCAAGGAGCCAACCCCUGUUGCUCAGAGCCCUGUCAGAAUCGAGGUUUCUGUACGGCGAUGGGCUCCGACUCUUAUGAAUGUGAUUGUACGCGCACUGGAUAUUACGGUCAAAACUGCACAACACCCGAGUUUCUCACAUGGGUGAAAGUGUCCCUGAAGCCCACUCCCAACACUGUCCAUUACAUGCUCACCCAUUUCAAAGGCUUGUGGAAUAUUGUCAACAGCUUGUCAUUUUUGCGCAACGCCAUAAUGCGCUAUGUACUCACAUCACGCGCCCAUCUGAUCGACAGUCCUCCCAUAUACAACGCUGACUAUGGUUACAAAAGCUGGGAAGCCUACUCCAAUCUCUCCUACUACACUCGCACACUGCCUCCAGUCCCGCACGAUUGCCCAACGCCCAUGGGAGUCGCAGGUAAGAACGAACUGCCAGAUGUUAAGGUUUUGGCUGAGAAACUUCUAAUGAGAAGAAAGUUCAUCCCAGACCCUCAACGCACUAGUCUUAUGUUUGCCUUCUUCGCUCAACAUUUCACACACCAGUUCUUCAAAACCGACCAAAAGAAAGGUCCAGCGUUCACAACAGCCUUUAAUCAUGGGGUUGACUUGAGUCACAUUUAUGGACAGGGGCUUGAUCGUCAACACAAGCUGAGACUUUUUAAAGACGGCAAGCUGAGAUAUCAGAUUCUGGAUGGUGAGGUGUAUCCUCCAACAGUCAGUGAGGUUCAAGUCGACAUGCACUACCCUCCACAUAUACCUGAGUCACGGCGCUUCGCUGUGGGUCACGAGGCCUUCGGACUGGUCCCCGGACUCAUGAUGUAUGCCACCAUCUGGCUGCGCGAACACAACCGCGUGUGUGAUAUUCUAAAACAGGAACAUCCUGACUGGGACGAUGAGAGGCUGUUUCAGACCUCAAGACUCAUUCUGAUUGGCGAGACAAUCAAAAUUGUAAUCGAAGAUUACGUGCAGCAUCUGAGCGGCUACCACCUGAAGCUCAAAUUUGAUCCUGAACUUCUCUUCAAUGAACGUUUCCAGUACCAGAAUAGGAUCUCAUCGGAGUUCAACACCCUUUACCACUGGCACCCGCUUAUGCCAGAUGUAUUUCACAUCCAAGACGAAGUCUACAAUUACCAGCAGUUUCUUUUCAACACGUCAAUGUUGGCUGACUAUGGCAUCAACAGCUUGGUUGAGUCCUUCACUAAACAGAUAGCUGGACAGGUUGCUGGAGGACGUAACAUUGCACCAGCUGUUUUAAGGGUGGCCAUAAAGUCCAUUGAAGACAGCAGGCAAAUGCGCUACCAGUCUAUCAAUGCCUACAGAAAACGCUUCAAUAUGAAGCCAUACAAAUCCUUUGAGGAAAUGACAGGAGAAAAAGAGAUGGCUGCAGAACUAGAGGAGAUGUAUGGGGAUGUAGAUGCAGUGGAGCUUUAUACUGGUCUGCUGGUUGAAAAGCCCAGGACCAAUGCCAUCUUUGGAGAGACCAUGGUGGAGAUGGGUGCCCCCUACUCCCUUAAAGGACUAAUGGGAAAUCCCAUCUGUUCACCCGAGUACUGGAAACCCAGCACGUUUGGUGGUCAAGUGGGCUUUGACAUCAUUAACACUGCCUCUCUGCAGAAGCUUGUUUGUGAUAAUGUCAAAGGGCCGUGCCCUAUGGCGUCCUUCUCUGUACCUGAUGAUUAUCAACAUUUAAAAAUGUCUGACAGACUCGUCGACGAGGAACCAGUGAGCGUAACUCACACAGGACCAAAGGGUGUCAUCAAUGACUGGCGUCGAUUUAAACUGGAGAGCAUGGACCAGGAGGCUCUACCUCCCAGCAAGAGAGAGCUGCUGAGACAGAUGUCCUCCCCCCAAAAACCUAAAGAUGCCACUGCGGGUGGAUAUAACCGCAAGAUGAGCGCCCAGGAGUAUGAGCUGAUAAAGGAGGAGGAUGAGAAGAGUCUACGCAAGUACCGUAAGCAGUGCAUGCAAGAGAUGCACGAGCGCCUGAGCUUCGGGCCUAAAUUCGAAGGUGUGUACGAGCUCGACAGUGGCGAGGCCUUUCUGGAGGUGAUCGAGAAAGAGCAUCGCCUCACAGUGGUGGUGGUCCACAUCUACAAAGAUGGAGUUCAGGGGUGUGAUGCCCUCAACAAUUGCCUGGAUUGCCUGGCCACCGAAUACACAAGCGUCAAAUUCUGUCGCAUUAAUGCGGUUUCUACAGGUGCUGGCGAGCGAUUUUCAGAUGACGUGCUGCCGGCGUUGCUGGUGUACAAGGCUGGAGAGCUGCUGGGAAACUUCCUGGCCAUUAUGCAGAAUUUCAACGAAGAGUUCUUUGCUAUCGACGUAGAGGCCUUCCUCAACGAGUACGGACUACUUCCGGAGAAGGAAUGUAACCCUGGUGAUGAAGAUGAAGCAGAUGUGGAGUGAUCACGAAUGGCAUAUUAGGAAUGGAUAAAGAGAAUAAAUUGGAUUAUUUUAUCGGGUAAUAGAGUUGCGUUUGCGUGUGCACAUAGCUCAGCAUAAAGAUCUCAAUGAGCCUAGAGAAAACAACUGGAUGUGGUGUGCAGUAUUAAAAGCAGAAAGGAGGGAAUUGAUGUUACAUCAAUACCAGUAAAAAACUAGUAAAGGGAUAGUUCACCCGAAAAUUAUGAAUUAAAUAUUUUGAAGAACAUUGGUAACAGUGGCACCCAUUCACGUUCGGAUCCCAACAUUUUUCAAAAUAUCUUCUUUUGUGUUCUGCAGAAGAAAGUAAGUUAUACAGGUUUGAAAUGACAAAAUGGUGAGUAACUUGAUAACAGAAUUUUCAUUUUUGGGUGAACUAUCCCUUUAAAUUGAAGUCCUGUCUCACAUGUAAAUAAAUAAACAGGAUAAUGACUAAAUAAAUGAUAGUGAAAUAGAUAAUGAAAUAGUGUUUUGUGAAAUAUUUAUGUACAUACUGUGUGUUUGCAUGUAGCAAAAAUGAAAAUAUGUGAGUUACAGAAUGGACCAUAAUGGCAACAUGUUGUUUAAAGUGCUUCUUUUGAAAAAAACUGAAUAAGCGCAAUGUUUUCUAACGUCUUUAAAACUGUGAUAAAUUGCUUUAUGGCCAUUUGUGUACAAAAAUUCUGUAAGGUUACAGAUAAGCAGUAUAUUCAAAUAUUUGUGCUACUUGGGCUAUAAUUGUUUUCACUGUUAUAAAGCACAUGCAUGGUCUGUCUUAAAGGGAUAGUUGACCCACAAUAAACAGGUUUUUAACAACAUGAGGGUGAAUUCUGAAAAUUAUGACAUUUUUUAUUUGUGAGUGAACGAUCCCUUUACAAGUCGAGUGUGUAAUAUUUAGAAGGAUCUAGUGACAGAAAUGAAAUAUAACAUCCAUAACUAUGUUUUCGGAGGUGUAUAAAGACCUUACAUAAUUAAGCGUUAUGUUUUUUAUUACCUUAGAAUGAGCUAUUUCUAUCUACAUACAUCACAUCCGCGGGUCCCCUUGCAUGGAAUUCGCCAUGUUGUUUCUACAGUAUAGCCCUAAACGGACAAACUGCUCUACAGAGCAUGUUUCGUAAAUACGUAAUCUCCUUCAGCAAAUAAGAGAAAACGCGACCCCAUCUUUGUCCUGUGAGUGCCGCCGAAGUGCUUCAAAGGGAGAGGGAGGGGUGAAAAAAAGCCAUUGGUUGCAAUUCGCAACCUCGCUGCUAGAUGCCGCUAAAAUCUCCAUAUUGCACCUUUACAUAUGUUAGCCUUUUUUUCUAUACUGUACUAGAAACUGAAACUGUAAACUUCAAUAAAUGCAGAUGGAAACAUUUAAGAUUUCCCCUGCCUGUAUACUGCGAGUUUAAAAAUAACAGAACAGCGGUGUAGGUCUUGCAUUUAUUCACAUGCUUCAUUUACACACGAAUUACAUGCCACCUGAAAGAAAGAAUUUAAAUUACAGAAUCAAAUUGGGGGAGCAAUAAACUCAAAUCUUCUAAAGAAUUUGCACCUUCGCUUAAUGUGGUUUAAGAAGCAGGUCUGCACAUGCUCAAAAUAAUCCCGGACUCUGAUUUUACUGUAACCUGCAGGUUCAAAAGUUCAGGCUUUAUAUAAAAAGAAAAGACCAAUUUUGCACAUUUGCACAUUUUGCCGUAAUUGUUACUUUAGGUAAAUUGUCCUUUUGUUGAGUAUGACAGAUUUUAUUGAACAUUAUGAACCACAGGUUAAAGGGAACAGACAGAGUCAGCAGAGGACAUGCUACUGUUUCAAAUCAUACUGUAUACUUUGGGCUUUUCAGUGAUAUCCUAUUUGUUGUAAGGCUGAGCGAUAUACCUAAAAUGUGAUAUCUUGAUAUCUUUCCAAAUCAAUAUAUACUUUUUGCCCAAUUAAAAAAGUAUGAUUUGGAAAUAACAUUAAAAAUACAAUAAAUAAUAUAAAUACAACAAAAAUUACUUACUACUUUUUAUUACAUAACCACAUGCAAUAUGUUCUGAAAGAGAUUGGUUGUGCUACCACUCUUUGUUGUGAUUGUCUUGUUGUAGACCUCGUUUCCAAACCAAACCAUCCUGAUAACAGAAAUUGUGCAUUAUCUUUUGGGACUGAUUCAUCAAGUUCUGUGUCUCUUUCGACACCUGUCUCGCUUGUUGUUGCCAUUUUGACAAUGAUGAGUAACAUUUUGCGCUACUUGUGAGAACUGUGGGUAGUGCUUGGGAAGGGAAAUUGUAUUUGUGCCAUCUCUGGCACAUUAAUCUUAAUUUUCAUCAAUAUUCUAUUCACAGCAUUCUGUCAUUUUAGAUCCUCAGCACAAUAAUAUCUCAUUUUCAAUAUCGCCCAGCCCUAAUUUGGAUGGGGGUUGAACUGGCUAUAUACAGUACUGUACCAAAGAUGUGUUAUCUCUGUAAAAGAUAGAAUCUAUAAACAGUGGUUAAUAAACUCGGAUAGUUUCAUCAAGCAAGCUAAUUAAUGCAAUAUGUCUUUAUUGUCAAGCUUUCAUGAGCAGCAUCUGCGAUAGUAGAUCUUUUCUGAUCAGCUUAGCCUGAAAUCUUCUUAGAGGGUUUAAAGUUAAGCUUUUGUUUUGACUAGUAUCAAAACAU